AUGAUCAAUAUGUUUCUAUCCCAAACAAAUUCUACGUCUUAUAGAAUCAUAUGGAUUCUCUUUCUUUUCCAAUCAUGUGUUUACUCAGCUGAUGAGCUUCAUAGACACUGCAAUAGCCCGUUUAGCUGCGGUAAUCAGAGAAAUCUCUCAUACCCUUUUUGGAUACCUGGCAGAGAAGACUGUGGCCACCCUGACUUCAAGCUCGACUGUAACAGAGGAUUCGCAGAGCUUUCCUCUAUGAAAUUAAGAAUCCUAGAGUCAAAUUAUACUACUCGUUUCAAAAGACUCGCCAGAGUGGAUUACAUCAACAACCUUUGUCCUCAAAACCCACCAAAUGUGCCCUUUGAUGAAAACGUUCUUCCAUUUGCUCCUGACACCGAGAUGCUGACGCUUUAUUACAACUGCACCGGAGACUUGUCUGUUUCUACGUAUGGUACAUACUUUGAUUGUGAUGAUGAUGACACAAGAAAUUACUAUUUGGCGAGAAACGUCUCAUCUCCUUUACUUGAAGAAAGUAGUGCCGUUUUAAACGACUUCAAGAAAAUUUGCAGUAGAAACUUAAGUAUUCCUGCAUCUAGACAAGCUUUGGAUACACUGGAGAAAAGCCCAAGUACAUAUAAUCUAAAGAAGGCUGUUGAAGAGGGUUUCGAGGUUGAAGUUAACUCAGACUGUGAGAUGUGCGUAUCCUCAGGAGGUACUUGUGGAUAUAAUCAAAGCUCAGGUGGAUUUAUUUGCUAUUGUAGAGAUGAGACGCAUAACAGUACUUGCGGUAACUCUAUAGGGCUCUCUACUGGAGCAAAAGCAGGCGUUGUGGCUGCGUCUGCAUUCGCGGUGGUCAUUCUUAUAGUCGCUGGUUUGUUCUGGCUAAUCAGCUACAGAAGCAAGAAAUCGGACAAACUAAGAAAACAGAACCUGGCAGCACUUAUUCCACUCAAAAACUACAGCUAUGCGCAAAUACAAAGAAUUACAAAGUCAUUCGCCGAAGUGGUUGGGAAAGGCGGAUUUGGAACUGUUUACAAAGGAACUUUUUCUGACGGUUGUAGUGUUGCAGUGAAGAUCUUGAAAGACUCAAAGGGUAAUGGGGAAGACUUCAUCAAUGAAGUUGCUAGCAUGAGCAAAACUUCUCAUGUCAACAUUGUUUCUUUGCUUGGAUUCUGCUCUGAAGGUUCCAAGAGAGCAAUUCUUUAUGAAUUUGUGGAAAACGGAUCACUCGAUAGGUUCAUCUCGAGAAACACCUCAAUGAACAUGGAAUGGAUGAAACUUUACAAUAUAGCUCUAGGCAUUGCUCGUGGUUUGGAGUACUUGCACCAUGGCUGCAAAACAAGGAUUGUACAUUUCGACAUAAAACCACAAAAUGUACUCUUAGAUGACAACUUUUGCCCCAAAGUUUCAGAUUUUGGCCUCGCUAAGUUAUGGGAGAAGAAAGAAAGCACUUUGUCACUGCUAAACACAAGAGGAACCAUAGGGUAUAUCGCACCUGAACUGUUUUCAAGAAUGUAUGGUCGAGUCUCCCACAAAUCGGAUGUGUACAGCUACGGAAUGUUACUCCUCGAAAUGAUAGGAGCAAGGAACAAAGAAAGAGCUGAACAUAUCUCUGCAUCAAACACUAGCUCUAUGUACUUUCCUGAAUGGAUAUACAAGGAUCUUGAGAAAGGAAAUGCUGGAAGGCUUAUUAAAAAUGGAAACAAAAGCGAAGAAGAAGAUGUAGCAAAGAAGAUGACACUGGUGGGUUUGUGGUGUAUUCAACCUUCUCCAUCAGAUCGCCCCGCGAUGAACAGAGUUAUAGAGAUGAUGGAAGGAAACCUUGAUGCUCUUGAGGUCCCUCCUCGGCCUGUAUUUCAAAUUCCCACAGUGUCUCUUCAAGAAUCUUCAUCCCUCUUAGAAGAUAUUUCGGUUUACACAGAAGUAUGUUCCAUAAAUGUUGCAUAA